AUGCCUCUCAAAUGUGCUUCCCUUCUUUUUCUUUGGUACGAUGAAAGAAUACAAGGAUACAAGAAAAGGCUUAGAAAUGGAGAAGAGGUUUUAAGAGAAUGGAUGGUAUAUUCCGUAUUUAAAAACGCUUUGUACUGUUUUCCAUGUCGACUUUUUGCUGCACCAUCUAGCUUGAGCGCUCUUGUCAAUCAGGGAUUUAAAGACUGGAAGCAUUUAGGGGAGUCUUUAGCACAUCAUGAAAAUGCUAAAACUCAUAUAGAUUGUUUGAAAUCAUGGCUUGAAUUGAAGCAAAGAUUGAAAAUAGGUGAAACUAUAGGUGCAGUUUCUCAGAGACUCAUUGAUUCUGAGAUAAAUCACUGGUCUGAAGUUCUUUUACGCAUUAUAUCAGUCGUUAAAAUACUAUGCGAGAGCUCUCUAGCUUUUCGAGGAACAAGCGAUAAACUGUAUGAACACAAUAAUGGAAACUUUUUGAAGUUAAUUCAGCUAUUGGCUGAGUUUGAUCCAAAAAUGGAGGAACACGUUCGCAGAGUCCUCAAUAAAGAAGAAAUCAAAGCUACAUAUCUAGGGAAAACUAUAUAA